AUGCCUGAAGUGAUCAAUAUCUCACUGUCUCCACAGGCAAACCACUUGGCCACUCAUUUCUACAAUACCCAGGAAUCUUAUAUUGACUACUCGCAAUCAAUCACCAAGUCUCCCAAUGAUCCAGAUGUUCAUUUCAAACCUACAUUAUCUUAUGACAAAUCUUCAUCAAAUUACACUCCAAGAGCUUUAAUAUGGGAUUUCAAAGGCGGGUUUGGAUCCUUGGGCCAAUUUGAAUAUUAUCAAUCUGCUAAUAAUGACCAAGACGGGAACAAUGAUGAAUGGACUGGUACUAUUGAACAAAUCUCAUCAAGACCAAAGAUUAAUAAGAGUGAAUAUCAAAUUGCUUUAGAUAAUGGUCAACAUUUACCACCAUUGAACAAUGAUUCAACCAAAUACUGGACAGACUAUUCUAGAGUCCUUUUUCAACCAAAUAGUUACAAUGAGUUACAUAACUGGGAAUAUGAUCCAGUAGAAUUUCCUGAAGGUAGAUUAUCUCUUGGACAAGAAAGAAAAUUUGAAGGUUAUGAAGUUGGUGUUUCAGAAUGGAAAGAAGAUGGGAAAGGUAUUGAAUUUUUGGAAAAUAAAUAUAGGAAUAUGCUUGAGAAUUGUGAUGGUUUAGAAGGAUUAAAUAUUAUUAGUGAAUUAGAUUCAUCAUGGGGUGGGUUUAGUUCUGAAUUACUAAGAGAUAUUAAAGAUGAUUAUAACCCGAAAACUACUAUUUUCACAUGGGGUAACUAUAAUGGUAAAAGAUUAGAGCAGUUGGGUAACAGAGAAAUCUUAUCUAGAAUAAGGACUUUCUUAGAGUUACAAAGAAAUUCAUCAAUUUUCAUUCCAAUGAGUACACCACAAUCUUUACCAUCAAGUAUAGAUCCUUCAAGUUUAUGGCAAACAAGUGCUUUAAAAUCCCUAGUUUUCGAACCUUUCCAAACCUUGGUUUCACAAAGAGAAAACAGAGUUAGCUUAAGUACAAUAGCUGAUAAUUUAACAUUGGGAACUGAAAGAAGGAUAGUUUCCAAUGUGGAGGUUCAAUUUGGUGAAGAGAAUUUAAAUUUUGCAGAUACUUUCUUCAUUAGGGACCGCGGCGCACCUCAUACUUUUUCCAAAUCUACGGUGCAUAAACCUUCACGCCAGAGUUCUGCUUCUGAUAUUGUUGAAUUAAGUGAGAAGUUUCAAAAAAAGAGUUCAUUGGAUGAUGAUUCCAAGAAGAGAAGAGAAGUGGAUAAGUCUCAUGUUGAUUAUAUCUCCAAGAUCCCAGUUUCUCAAUCUUCAAGUUUUCCAACUUUUUUAAAAUCAAGUGAUUCUUUGAAAACUUCUUUGGAAAUUACAACAAGACCUAAAAAGACAUUACAAGAAAUGAAAACUUUUGUCUCUAGAUUCGUUAGAGGUGAUGAAAGAGAGAAUAUGAUUCAAGAAUUAGAAGUACUAGCCGAAGAGUACGUGUUUGGCUGGGAAGAUAGUGAUGGAAGUGAUGAUGAUUAUUGA